AUGGAUGAGACACAGGGGCCUCUGGCCAUGACCGUCCAUCUCCUUGCCAACUCGGGGCACGGCUCGCUUCUGCAGCGGACUCUGGACCAGCUCCUCGCUUGCAUUUGCCCAGAGGUCCGUCUCUUUCUGGUGUCUGAGCGGGUGACUCCAGUGAAAUCCUAUGAAAAGGGCCACCCCAGGCGAUCCCGCUUCCCGGGGAUGUCUGUCCUGCUCUUCCUGCACGAAAGCCUGGGAGAGGAGCGGCUAUUUCGCGCUCUGGACUCCCUCCAGCGCUCGCCAUGGCAGUGCUACCCCACCCGGGAUGCACAGGGGAGACUGUGUCCCUACCUUCUUGCCGAUCAGGACUUCUACAGCCUGGAUAGCCAGAUGCCCGUCUGGGGCGUGAGGCAGGUGCACCGGGGCGCCGAGAUCCUCAGGGUGACGCUCUACUGCAGUUUUGAUAACUAUGAGGACGCCAUCAGGCUCUACGAGAUGAUUCUGCAGAGAGAAGCCACCUUGCAAAAGAGUAAUUUUUGUUUCUUUGUGCUCUAUGCCACCGAGAGCUUUGUCUUGCAGCUCGCCCUGAAGCAGCUGCCCCUGGGAACGUCGGUGGACCCGAAAGAGUCUUCGGUGCUGCAGUUCAAGGUUCAGGAGAUCGGCCAGUUAGUGCCUCUCCUCCCCAAUCCCUGCGUGCCCAUCAGCAGCACCCGGUGGCAGACUCAGGACUACGAUGGCAACAAGAUUCUGCUUCAGGUCCAGUUCAAUCCAGGAGUUGGUGUUAGGAAUGGAGAGCUUUCUUUCCUGAAUGGCACCGUGGGAGCUGACAUGCUUCUCCAGGGCUCCCGGCAGACUCCUGUCUCUGCAAAGAGGACCCCAGAAUCAAGGAGCCGGAAGAACCAGGCCAGGAGGUUCCAGGUGGAUUCUCUGGAGCUUCCUGAGCCUAGUGGGAGCCCAGUAUCAGUCAGCUCUAGUGGCACUUUGUGGAAAUGCCCUGGCUGGUCAUUCCAGGCCAGCAGCCCACCUACAAGUCCCCAGCUGCAUCUGACUUCUCCCCACCUUCAACCCGGAGCCAAAAUGAAGGUACUCAGCUGGGAAAGCAGCUUUCAGAAGCUUGAGGAAGAGACUAAUGUUGACACUGGGUUCACUGCCAUCAAUUCUGAACCUGGGCAAUCUUUUUUGAGCAGGUUUCCAAGGGAUUUGCAGACCAGCCAGCCACCAUCCUGCUUGCCAGCCUCUUCCUUAGGGGUGGCUACCUCCAAAAACAGCAGAGUCCUUCAGGAAAGAGUCUAUCCUUUGUCACUGGCUGGACAAAGGGUCAUUGAUACAAAAAAGAUAACCUCAAAAUGUCCCCUUCCUCUGCAAGUCCAGAGUAAAGAAAAAGAAGAAGAAGAAUUCUUUAUAUAG